AAUCAAUCACAAGCCUAAAGUUGUCGCAACACCAUAGAAUCGAUUUAUCACCACCUACCGAAAGAUAUUACAGCCACAUACUGUUGAACCGAAUAAUCAAGCGAUCCAUAAUGGCGUCCGCAUUUGAACCUUCCCUGUCUUCAAGCCUUAGUGGCCGACAGACGCUCUCAGCGGCGGCCCCAUCUAUGGCGGAUUCGCUGCCCAGCAUCAACUUCGGCUUCGACGAGCUGCGCGACCGCAUGGCCAAGUUCAGCGCAAAGUUCGACGCCUUCAUCGAGCAGGGGCGCAAGCGCGUCCUAGAGGAGCGGAACCAGUUCAGGAUGAACAUCGCCGAGUUACAAGAGGACGAGCGCAUGAAGAAGAAGGAUAUAGAGAUCCUGCAGCACAAGACGAACACGCACCAGCAGAUGAUCUCGAAAGAAGCGGCCGAGACGCAAGAAAUGCAGGCGGCGAUCGCCUCGCUCAGCGCGCAGCGCGACAAGAACAAGGCGGCGCGCGACGCGCUGAAGCAGCAGAUCGCCGAGACGCAGAAGGAGAUCGACGCGCGGCUCGCGGCGCAGCGCGCGCACGCGCAGUACGUCGAGUCGCAGAGCCGGUUCAACGUGCCCGAGCUGGACUUCUGGAUGCAGAACCUGUGCCUGAAGAUCGAGGGCGCGGGGCAGACGGACCGGCUGAAGUUCGUGUACACGCACAUCGACGAGAAGAACUGGGAGCGCGAGGCUUGGUUCGAGCUCAGCACGAGCUCGAGAGACUACGACGUCAGGCAUUGCAGGCCCAAGAUCGAGAAGGAGAAGAUUGAGAAGGUGCUGGAGAGGACGAAUGAGACGAGGGAUUUGGCGGUGCUGUUGAAGGGCAUGAGGGAGUUGUUUGUGGAGGCUAUGAAGGCGUAAAUGAAGGGGCGUGAGGUGUAAGUGUGAGGAGACGUCGUGAUGUGAUAUGAUGAACAAGAUAGGGGGGAGAAGGUGUUUGGUAUAGGCGUUCGGAGUUUGGGUUGGCUGCUUGAUCAGUUGUGGCUAAUUGAAUUGGAAUAUGCCUAAGACAGCAGUUUCCUCCUUUUCUAUUAAGCAGUGCUUAUCUGAUAGACCUCUCGAAAUAUCAAUAAUCGUGUGCUGUUAGAAACAUGUCCGUUAAA